AUGGCAAGCUCUGACAAGGACGACGGCGUGUCUUAUGUCCAUCAGGACACCGGUACAGGGCUGGAAACCGCUGCUGGGCAGGGUCAAUAUGCGACAGACAAAUAUGGCCAAUCCCUGGUGCAACUGGACCCAGCAGCAGAGGCCAAACUUCGACGGAAGAUUGACCUGAUGAUCGUUCCGACCGUGGCCCUGCUAUAUCUUUUCUGCUUCAUCGACCGUGCCAAUAUCGGUAAUGCUCGUCUUGCGGGACUCGAAAAAGACCUGAAACUUGUGAACAACGGCUACAACGCACUUCUCUCCAUCUUCUACAUCAGUUACAUCCUGUUCGAGAUCCCAGCAAACAUUCUCUGCAAGUGGAUGGGUCCAGGCUGGUUCAUACCGCUCACCUCCCUGGGCUUCGGUAUUUCAUCGAUCGGCACCGCUUUUGUGCACACAGAGGCUCAGGCUUCUGGCGUUCGCUUUGUCCUUGGAAUCUUUGAAGCCGGAAUGCUUCCGGGUAUCGCCUAUUACAUGUCCCGAUGGUACCGCCGCAGCGAACUUGCUUUCCGCCUCGCGAUGUAUAUUGUCAUGGCGCCUCUAGCAGGUGCAUUUGGUGGUCUGCUUGCGUCGGCAAUCCUGAAGCUGCCGGGCUUCGGCAGCUUGCACACAUGGCGGAUGAUUUUCGGUAUUGAGGGUAUCAUCACAGUUGGGCUCGCGCUCAUCUCUUUUUUCACCCUCACCGACAGGCCCGAGACCGCUCGCUGGCUCAGCCAGGAAGAGAAAGACCUUGCAAUCGCCCGCGUCAAGUCCGAGCGUGUCGGGCAGACUCAAGUCCUCGACCACAUAGACAAGAAGAAGAUCUUUCGCGGCAUCUUCAACCCCAUAACACUGUCUACCGCCUUCAUCUUCUUGCUCAACAAUGUCACGGUCCAAGGCUUGGCCUUCUUCCUGCCCACGAUAGUCAAGACGAUCUACCCCAAAGAGACCGUGAUUAAGCAGCAGCUCUACACCGUACCUCCUUACAUCGUCGGCGCGUUCUUCACCCUCCUGUUUCCACUCAUUAGCUCGAAAAUCGACCGGCGACAAGUCUUCAUCAUUGGUGCCGCUCCUGCUAUUAUGGUUGGUUACAUCAUGUUCCUGGCCAGUGAGAAUCCUCAGGUCCGCUACGGCGCUACGUUCAUCAUCACUGCAUCCGCCUUCAUGCUCGGCGCUCUCACGAACGCGCAAGUGAGUGCGAAUGUUGUGAGUGACACAGCACGUAGCGCGGCAAUUGGCACAAAUGUCAUGUUCGGCAACAUUGGUGGACUAAUCGCCACUUGGAGCUUCUUCAGCUGGGACGCACCUAAUUAUCACAUCGGAAACGGGCUCAACCUCGCUACCGGGAGUACCAUCCUGAUCACAGCUACGUUGACGCUACUCUGGAUGAAGCGUGACAACCACAAGCGGGAGAACCGUAGCAUCGAGGAAGAGCUGGCUGGUUACUCUCCGGAAGAGACCUCGGAUCUGGACUGGAAACAUCCCGGCUUCCGAUGGAGACCCGCAUCGUAUCCAAGAGAGCGAGGUCAUCCUACGAAGGUCUUUAUGAUGCUCACGUGA